UUUUUAAAGAUACAAAGCAGACCAUUUGAGGGGAAUGUCGAAAUUUGUAAGUACAGUACCCACAAACAAGUGACUAAGCUGAACCAGCCCGUUAUUGGCAACAGGCCCUAUAUAAGCGGACCGCUAAGCAGACCCAGUCUGGCACCAAUUAUUCAAAGUACACAACCUCGAGCAGACGGCCACACCCAGGGUAAAACUCAACUUGUAGUUCACGGUAACUCGAACAGACAAAGAAAUAUGGCUGACAAGUUUAGCAUCGAUGAGCUGGCUAAGAUCAAGGGCGUGUUUAACAAGUUUGACUCGGACGGGAGCGGCGCCAUCAACAUCACGGAGCUGGAGGCGACCCUGGCGGAGCUGGGAGAGAAUCCGUCCGAAGACACCGUCACGGCACUGAUGCUUUCUUUGGACAAAGACCGGAGUGGAACUCUUUCCUUUGAGGAGUUUCUGGGGAUGGUCAAACAGGUGAAGACAGUUCCAAGGGAGGAUGCUCUUCUCACAAUCUUCAAGACGUACGACAAGGACGGCAGUGGUCAGCUCGGACCUGAGGAGCUGAAGGAAGCCAUGAAGGCCAGAGGAUGUGAACUGUCCGACAGGACCAUCGACUAUCUUAUCAACAAGGUUGACAAGGACGCGGACGGGAAACUGACUUAUGAAGAGUUCGUCAAGCUGAUCCGCCCCAGGUCGUAAGCACUGACGUCAUGAGGAGUGUGACGUCACGGGUGUCAAAGGUCAUGUGGCUGUUCCAUGAACCACCAUUACUAGACUAAUUCACGUCACAGUUAUAUCGAGCGAGCGAUGGACUUAUUUUUCCGUUUUUUUAGUCCAAACGGCAUAUAAAAGUAGGACCCAGUUUUUCUAAUUCUCCCUGUGACUGUAGUUUGAAGAUCAAAACAAUUUACCUUAGACCUUGAAUUGGAGAAAACGGUUAUGAUACCAACUUUAUAUUCGCACGAUACUGUAUCUAAAUUAGUACUAACUAACUAAUGUAAAGGAACUGACUUUAGGCCAUUUUGAUUAAACAAUGGCGCAAUUAUAGAAACUCUUCACUUAAGUUUGAAGUCCACCAGAUUAGUGAGGGUACUACAACUUAGUCCCUUUACAGUAUAAGAUGUGUUGCACCGUAUCCAUGUAUCAAUAUAUGGUACGUACGAUCACAGCAAUAAUAGAAAUAGUGGCAACGAACCUUUUGACAGUGCCAACGGCAUUUUGAAUCCAAACUUCGGCGAACAUAUUUCAAAUGCCUUGUAUACAUGUUUUUUUUUCUCUCGUAGACGUACGCGACUUGCUAAAGACAAUCAUUAAAAACUUAAUAAGAUCCUGUAUUAUGAAAUACAAAAGGACGCUUCAAUGGUAUCCAAUACCAACGUAGUAUUAAUUAAAACUGUCACUUUUAUCUAAUGCUGUUAUGAUGUUAUCAUGUUUCAGUCAUGUAUUAUAAAGUUUUAAUAUUGUCACAG